AUGCCAUCAUUGGCACCUUACUUCAUACCUACACACUCAGCAUGCACUCCCACUCCUGCAGCUACCACCAGCCUACUCUCACACUUGACAUGCACUCCCACUCUCACAGCUACAGCUACUACCAGUCCAUCCUUGGAGGCUGCAACAUUGGUUGGUGGUGAUGUCCAGCCCAAAGUUAGUGCAGCAGCCCACAAGCAAGUCCAUAGCCUCUCAAGGGACAAGAUCAAAGGCAUUGUUUUUACCUCUAACACAAUCACAUCAUCUUCCAUGGACCAAAACCACAUCAUCACAGAAAUGAUCAAUAAAGCAGUGCCCUCCAUACCAAGCCUUUGUGGGCUAACUCAAUGGCUGGCUGCCCAGAAGGACAUUUCAAUGAUUUGGUGA